CCUCGCCCGACCUUCGCCCACGCGCAUUCCGCUGCCUCACUCCGUGCCUCCGCCGCCGCUUUCGUUGCUCACGAGCGAGAUAGCCGGAGCUAGCAAGGGAGGGAGGAGGCGAUGAAGGGGGGCGGGGAUAAGGUUGACUACGUCUUCAAGGUGGUGCUCAUCGGCGACUCCGCCGUCGGCAAGUCGCAGAUCCUGGCGCGCUUCGCCCGCAACGAGUUCAGCCUCGACUCCAAGGCCACCAUCGGGGUCGAGUUCCAGACCCGGACGCUUGUCAUCGACCACAAGUCCGUCAAGGCGCAGAUCUGGGACACCGCCGGGCAGGAGAGGUAUAGAGCUGUCACAAGUGCCUACUACAGAGGUGCUUUGGGAGCUCUGCUAGUCUAUGAUAUCACGAAACGCCAGAGCUUUGACCACAUACCUCGCUGGCUGGAAGAACUUCGGGGCCAUGCUGACAAGAACAUUGUCAUCAUGCUGGUCGGCAACAAGAGUGACCUUGAAGAGGAGCGCGCUGUAAGCAGCGAGGAUGCCAAGGAGUUUGCUGAGAAGGAGAACCUCUUCUUCCUCGAGACAUCUGCGCUGCAGGCGACUAAUGUCGAGAAUGCCUUCCAGACCGUCUUGACAGAGAUCUUUAAGAUCCACAGCAAGAAGAACAUGGCAGCAGACCCAAAGGCCAAUGGGGCUGCACCUUCGCUGGCAGGGAAGAAGGUCAUCGUCCCAGGCCCAGCUCAGGAGAUCCCUAAGAGCAAGUGCUGCAGUUCCAUGUGACAUGUUCUGAAUUUAUUUGGGUUUGUUUGUGUCCAAAAUAUUCUCGAUAUCUUUGUGGAUGUACAUCUAUACUGGAAUAGGCUUAGAUUUGAAAUACUGGUUAUCUUUGUGUUCGGAACGAAGGGAACGAUAUCAUAGUUUAGAUUUGUCACCCGUCUCCAAGGUGACACGAGGAGGAUAGGGACCGAGGAGAAAAGCUCUGUUUGCAUAGACUUGUUGGAUUAAUUACAAAAAAUAGAAGUGUAUGCAGAAUUAUUAUUUUUACGAUGCCUUGAAACCUUUGUGUACAGUGAGACACCGAUACAAUACAACUGUAUCAACCUGCUUGUGUGAUAA